UGUCAGUUGUCACCACAGACUACUAUUAUAGAUGCUACGCAUGUUGUCACUCGAUUGUAUAAUUUCGUGUGUUUAUCUGCUUGUUAUUGUUUUGAGGUCUUAUUACUACGUCUUUGAUAAUAAAAAAUAUCAUGGGCAAUAAGCGCAAACCCUAUGCAGGCGUGAAACUUCUAAAAAGAUGGAGAAACAUCUCCAGAUAUUUAAAUCAAAAGAAAAAAUUAUCGAAGUUGAAUGAAGGUGAAGAAAAAACUUUAAAACCAGUAACAUUGGCUCCUUCAAUUGAAUCUAAUGACGUAUCAGAGGUAGAUGUCUCCAAGGGACAUUAGACCUGAGUAUUUGAUAUAAAUUUCAGCUUAAUACCUCCACGCGUUCCUGAGCAAAAUGGUCUUGACCGACGGACGGACAGUCAACAAAGUGAUACUCUUAUGAGUGUGGAGAUAGAGAGAACUCAUAUUGAAUGUCCCAAACAGUUAUUCUUACCUGAGCAUACCACAGAAAUAGAUAAGAGCAUCGUUGAUAGCAACCCUAGCAGUGAUAGUGUUAAAAUUAAGAUUGAAAAAGAGGAUGAUCCAUUGCGUAAACGGGGUAACCGAAUUGUAGAUAUUGAUAAUUUUGUAAAACAAGUAUUGGAAAUAACUAAUCAUGGAUCGCCAAGCUGCACCUCAAGUGACUUGGAAUUGCAUGAUGAAGAACUAAAUGGAUUGAUGUGUACCUUCAAGUUUAGAUGUAAGAAGUGCAAUACAUCAUUUAGUAUUGACAAUGCUGUGUGCGAUGACAAUAAAAAUCUUAAUAUGUGCGCUGUGAGUGGUUCUUUAGGAAUUGGAGCAGACCAGUCCCAAUUAGACAAUUUCUUAUCAUAUCUCGAUCUACCAAAGCUGACAGAAAACGUGUAUAAGGACAACUAUAUAUUGGUGAAAGGGUAUUGUGAAAAUAUGCCAAAUACUGUGGAGAAAGUCGUCAAAAAACGAGAUUAUGAUAUAGUUGUAACAGAUAGUAAUGUUUAUAAGAAUGUAUCUGUUAUGGAAAUAAUAACUACUGGUUGUUGGAGUAACAGACAAAGAGGCUUAUUGACAGUUAAAAAAAACCUGCCAAGUGCGAGUUGGACUCACUCACCGUGUUCCGUACAAGACUUAUAUCGAAGAAUAUAAAUUCAAACUUGAUAACUCAAAUAUCGCGUUAGAUCUAUAGACACGGUUAGUGCAAUCGCAGCCAUGUACUUCACCCACUGACGACAAAGGCACGUGUAAAUCUAUAUACGAGUGUGAUCUCUUGCGCGGAAUAGUGGUUAAGGCAAAACGAACUUCUUUAGACGAGCAAUUCUUGAGGAAAUCCAAAUGUGGGUACGAUGGGAAUAUGCCUAAGGUUUGCUGCCCAGAUACAGACAAGCUGUCUUGCACCACGCCCGAUGGCAAGAAAGGACAAUGCGUCAACAUUAUCACAUGUUCAAAUCUCUCAGAUCUGCUGAAGGAAAUGAAUGAUACUGUUAAAUUGAAUUAUCUCAAAUCCUCUAAAUGCGCUGGACCCCAAGAUUAUAGCGUGUGUUGCGGACCACGACCAAACUUGGGGAUGACUUUGCAAAAAUCCUGUGCAGAGAGAGUAUCGGCAUUACCACCUCACGAAGAGGAAGACGGAUGCUGCGGUGUCGACAAUUUUGAGGAGAACAAACUUCUAGCUACGGGUGGCAACCAGACCUUCAUCGAUCAGUAUCCGUGGCUGGUUGUGAUCGAGUAUGAACAUCCUAUAGAAAAAAACAAGCUGAUGUGUGGAGGAGCCCUAAUCAGCGGUAAAUAUGUGCUCACGGCUGCGCAUUGUGUCACCGGCGCUAUCCUCAAAGAAGGCACUCCUAAAUACGUGCGUCUCGGCGAAUACAACACGACUAAUAAAGGACCUGAUUGUUUCCGCUUGUCGGAUCAUGAACUGGACUGCACCGAAGAUAUGAUCCUCGCGCCCAUUGAGGAGAUCAUUGUUCAUCCGAAGUACGACAGGUUCGACCCUCACAAGAGACAUGACAUAGCACUCAUCAGGCUCAAGAUCUACGCUCCAUAUACAGACUUCAUCCGUCCCAUUUGCCUGCCGAAGGUGGAUUACGCGCUGUCACCGCCGUUGAAUUUCACAUUUUUCGUCGCCGGGUGGGGCCUGUAUUUUGAAAAUAAAACAAAACAAUUCCGCAAAAGCGAAGUAAAAUUACAUGUAGAAGUGCCUUACGUAGUUAGAGAUCAAUGCCAGACGGCCGUCCGUUCGCUAAAGGGAGCUGAAAAUAUAGUAUUUCGAAGCGGACAGAUCUGCGCUGGAGGAGUUUCUGGCAAAGACGCUUGUAGAGGCGACUCCGGAGGUCCACUCAUGUAUCUGUCUAGAGAGGGGUGGAAGUUCGAAGUAGUCGGCCUGGUCGGCGCGGGCGCAAGUAUAUGUGGCCAGGCAGGCAUACCCGGGGUCUACACUUAUGUCUACGAAUAUCUUCCAUGGAUCAGACAGAAUAUGAGACAUUAAUUUUAUAUAUUUCUUUUAAAUUUUA